AAAACUCUUAAUUGAUCUCAGUAUCAUACUAUUUCGGCCCUCUCAUAUUUACUGAUUCUGCGAAAUCCUUUUAAAGCCCUAAAUUUAUAGAGUAUAAUUUUUCUCGAUUUCUAUCCCUAAUCUAAAAUUCACUCUUUAUUAUUACUUUUAUAGCCGUACUCGGAUGAGAUUCUUUAUUAUCGAUCAAUUGUUCUCAUACCAACUUCAUCAUCGUCAACAAUUUGAUUGCUGAACGGAAUUCAGCAAUUCAAUGUCAUCCGUUGGUACUAAUUGGACGACGCAGCAAUUCUACCUUGAUCGUUUUUCUUCGAAGCGGAAGCUGGAGGUUUAUGAUUCAUCAGUUAGUCGAAUUCGGAAAAAUUCGAGCAAUUGCAGGGGAAAAUCUGUUGUUGAUGCUGAUGUGUCACCGUUAUUCGAAGACGGAUUUCUUGCACGGUGUGAAUCGAGCCAAUCAAACUGGGAUCUGACGGGGUGGCAGUUGCAAUUUUUUGUGAAGUUGAUUUCUGGUGGUAAAACCCUAGUUUUACGCGGGAAUUGGGAUGAUACCGUUGAACUUGUGCUUGAGAAGAUUGAAUUGAUUACGAGGAUACCAAAGACGGAGCAAAGGUUAGUGUAUAGAGGGAAGCAGUUGCACUGGGAUCAUACAUUGAGGCAGUGUCAAAUUGAGAAUGAUGCGAGUCUGCAAUUGGUGGGGAAAAUGCGGAGCACUGGUCAUCCUCAAGUUUGGCGGGUAAUUACUGAUAUGGUUUCCAAUGUUUAUAGAAUUUAUAGGGAAGAAUUAGCUUUUGUUGAUAAACUUGUGGUUGAUAAUUUCUGUUUUUUGUUUAAGAAGCCGUAUAGAAAGAGUAGGAUUGAUGAUGGCAUGGAUGAUGAGUAUUGGAAAAAGAUAAAAAAGAAGAUGAUAAACAUUGGUAAGGUGGACUUCUGCAAGAUUUUUAUGGAUGCUAAUGCUGCUCACGGUAUAAUUAUGCUUUAUGUUUCUAAGGAGACGUAUAACAGGACAUGUGGGAAAGAAUGUAUUGAGGGUUUCAUAAAUUUUAUGAGAGACUUUAAAGGGUGUGAGAAUGAUUGUGAUAGGGCUUAUUGUGUUACUACGGUGUUGAAGUUUUGUAAAGUGCUUAAGAUGAUGGUAUCAGAAGAAGACUCCCUGUAUUUAUAUUGCAGGAGCAAUCUUGGGUCAAUGUUAGAGGAAGUCGUAGUUGGUAGUGGGCAGGAGGGAUCCUAUGACCGCGCUGGUACUGAAGGGAAGAUGAACAGGGUUGCUAUCGGAGACAUGUUUCCUUUCUUGUGGGAUGUUGGGAAGAAAUUGAUCUAUUACUUGUCAUUGAGCGUGGAACCAGGUUUCAUCGCUGGGUCUUUAGAUCAGCUUGUGUGCGAUUUUUCUUCUUUUCUGCAGCCUGUGUUGAGGUUUACUGCAAGGAAACUUGCUGCUGCUACCAAUGCCCGAAAGGGUAAGGGAACAGCCUGCUUCUUUUUACCUAACGAGAUUCAGUGUCUCUUUGGACUUUUGAAAGAUUUACUGUAUAAUAUUGAUAAAUGUCUUAACAAAUUGGAGCUGGACUUGGUGGAGAAGAGUAAAAAGAACGUUGAAGUUAAUGAAAGCUUCACAUCACAUUAUCUUGCUAUCCUUAAGGAAUUGUAUGGCAUUUCUGUGCUCUAUCCAGGUUUCGAAGACCAAUUUUUGACCACAAUGAGACGGUAUAAAAGAUCAGUGUGUGAACUUGUUGUUCGAUACGCUAAGCCUUCUGAUGAUAAUAGUUGGCUUCUUAACCAUAAAGAUGUCCUGAAUUAUGCAUCCAGGAGGCAUUUAGCUAUGUUGCUGUUUCCAGAUGUGAGUGAAGAUUAUGAGGAAUUACAUGAGAUGUUAAUUGACAGGUCUAGUUUUCUGGCUGAAUCAUUUGAGUAUAUAUCUCGUGCAGAACCGUCGUCGCUGCAUUCUGGUCUCUUUAUGGAAUUUAAAAACGAAGAAGCUACUGGUCCUGGUGUUUUGAGGGAGUGGUUUAGCUUAGUAUGUCUAGCGAUUUUUGAUCCACAACAUGCCCUUUUUGUUGCUUGCCCUUUGGAUCCUCGAAGGUUCUAUCCUAAUCGAGCAUCUUCGGUGCAUCCCCUUCAUCUUCCGUACUUCCGAUUUUCGGGUAGGGUGAUUGCUUUGGCCUUGAUGCAUAAGAUUCAAGUUGGUGUUUCUCUAGAUCGUAUCUUUUUCCUUCAGUUGGCUGGAAGACGUGUUACCAUGGAAGAUAUACGGGAUGCAGAUCCAUGCAUUUAUAAUAGCUGCAAACAAAUAUUGGAUAUGGAUGCUGAAUUUGUGGAUUCUGAUGCAUUGGCGCUGACAUUCGCUACUGAAAUUGUAGAGCUAGGAACAAGGAAAGUUGUGGAACUUUGUCCUGAAGGAAAAGGCAUUGCUGUGAACAGCAAAAAUAGGAAGGAAUAUGUCAACCUCAUUGUUCAACAUCACUUUGUCACAUCUAUUGCUGAACAAGUGUCCUGUUUUGCUCAAGGUUUUGCCGACAUUCUUUGUGAACGCAUACAUGGAGAAAUCUUUUUUGAAUGCUUAGAACUGGAAGAUCUUGAUUCGAUGUUGCGUGGUAGUGAAACUGAGAUCUCUGUCAAAGAUUGGAAGUCACAUACCGACUAUAAUGGCUACAAAGAAUCUGAUCCCCAGAUAGUUUGGUUUUGGGAGGUGGUCGGAAAAUUAAGUGCUGAACAAAAAAGGACGCUUCUUUCCUUUUGGACAUCGGUGAAGUAUCUUCCUAUUGAAGGUUUUUGUGCUUUGGCAUCUCGAUUGUACAUCUAUAAAACCUUGGUCCCACAAGAUCACUUGCCCUCAUCCCAUACAUGCUUUUAUCGUUUAUGUAUCCCGCCAUAUCCUUCGGAAGCUGUCAUGCGCGAACGUCUCCUUGUGAUCACUCGAGAACAUGUUGGGUGCAGCUUUGGCACUUGGUGAUUUGAGGGAUUUUGGUAAUAUCAUAACUGUAGGAGUGGUAUAUUUACAUAAAGAGUAGCUAGGAGACUCUAGGUUUAGAGUUUGUACAAUUGUAAAGAUUUCUUACAGUAAAACUAGGUUAGUAGUUUGUGCCGUAUAAAUGGCGAUCUCGCCUUGGCAACGUCCGGAACUAAUUUUAUGCAUCAUCUGCUAAUGUUUAUUUAAAGGGUUAUCGUACAAUCUCAGAUGAGACAUUGUUUGGAA